CAGAGGCUCAGAGCGAACAGUCUGCUGCCAAGGCCCGCAAAGGAAUCAAGGACAACAACAUUUGAGCAGCCAGCUGUCAUCAGGGUGUUUUGAAUGCUACAACCUGGAUUGAAUUGGUUUUGAAUCGGCUACCUGUCGCUCUCAAACUACAAGAAUGGCGAAGAAGACCGUGAUUGUGGCACUGGGCUUGCUGCUGAUCGCAGCGGUUGCCACGUUCGUGGGUGUCUACUUUGGUGUUGGGAGUCAAAAGCAACCGAGCAAGCAGGUGUACAGGAAAGCAGCCGUGGCAGCAGACGCCGGGACAUGUUCAGAGGUUGGCAGAGACAUGCUGCAGAAAGGGGGGUCUGCAGUGGAUGCCUCUAUAGCUGCUCUGUUAUGCGUUGGACUGAUGAACGCUCACAGUAUGGGCAUCGGAGGAGGAGUGAUCUUCACCAUCUACGAUGCAAAAACAGGAAAAACGGAGGUCAUCAACGCCAGGGAGGUAGCACCGCUCAAUGCGACGGAGAACAUGUUCAAGAACAGCUCGGAGCUAUCUCAGAAAGGAGGGCUGUCCGUGGCCGUGCCGGGGGAGAUUCGGGGUUAUGAGCUGGCACACCGGCGACAUGGGAAACUGCUCUGGAGGGACUUGUUUCAGCCGAGCAUCGCUCUGGCAGAGGGAGGAUUUCCUUUAGGAAGGCCACUGUUCAACGCGAUGUCCCAACACAGAUUAACCAUCCUGAACGACACAGCUCUGUGUGAAGUGUUUUGUGGGAAAAAUGGCGAUAUUCUCCAAGAAAACGAAAUCAUCAGAUUCCCCAAGUUGGCUGAAACCUACAGAAGGAUAGCUGACGAGGGAGCUGACGCUUUCUACAAGGGAGAACUGGCCGAGAACCUGGUGAACGAUAUCCAGGCAGCAGGCGGCAUCAUUACAAUGAAGGAUCUGGAGGAUUAUACGCCUAUCUUGGAUGAGACCCAUUUGAAGGUGAAUGUGGGGGAGUACACCAUGGUGGUUCCCAGUGCCCCCGCCAGCGGCCCUGUGCUCACGCUGAUAUUAAACAUCUUGAAUGGUUAUAACUUCACCCAAGACGACAUCUCAAGCACUGAGAAGAAGAUCCUGACCUACCAUCGCAUUUUGGAGGCUUAUCGCUUUGCUUAUGCAAAGAGGACCCUGCUCGGAGAUCCCGACUUCCUCAACAUCACGGACCUGUUGCAGAACAUGACUUCCCAGUCCUACGCCGACAUCCUUCAUGGGAAGAUCACGGACGACACCACGCACCACAUGAACUACUACGACCCCGAGUUUUACCUGCCGGAAAACCACGGGACGGCCCACCUGUCUGUGGUGGCAGAGGACGGCAGCGCGGUGGCCGCCACCAGCACCAUCAACCUAUAUUUGGGCUCCAAAGUCCUGUCAAGGUCAACAGGGGUAAUUCUCAAUAACGAGAUGGACGACUUCAGCUCCCCGUUCAUCACAAACGGAUUUGGCGUGCCUCCGUCACCGUCCAACUUCAUCCGACCAGGGAAGAGGCCGAUGUCUUCCAUGUGUCCGACCAUCCUCCUGGACAAAGACAAUGUGGUUAAGAUGGUUGUUGGAGGCUCGGGAGGAACAAAAAUCACAACGGCUAUCGCUGAGGUGGUUCUCAAUGCGCUGUUCUUUGGCUACGAUUUGGAAAAAGCUGUGUCUAACCCAAGGAUCCACAACCAGCUGAGCCCCAACACCACCCAGGCGGAGCCCGGCUUUGACAAAGACGUCCUGGACGGCCUGGCGAAGAAGAACCACGAGACGGAGUACCUCAAGUCGUUCGGAGCCGUGGUGCAGGCCAUCGUCCGCCAUAAAGAGAGACUCCAUGCCCAGUCGGAUCCUCGCAAGUUUGGUUACGCAGCAGGUUACUGAGUCGUAAACACUCCUGCGAUCACACAGAGACUGCGGCUGCCUGGACCUUGACACCGGAGCUCCAGCCCUUUAGAGAUUAGAGACUUCAGGCUGAUGUUUGUUUCUAGCACUGACUGUUCUGCACAGUGAG